AUGGCUUCUGGUGGAUGGUCCAGUGAGUUGCCAUUACCGGCACCAAUGGACGCUGCUUGUGCGGCAUCAUCGCAACCACAAGACCUAAGUAGUGAUCUCGGAACACAUAGGACGAUGGUAAACCUCUCAGGACGACCUCCUAGGACCGAGGCACCAAGCUCGGUGAUCGAGCGUUACAGCGGAGCACUAGAGAUGUUAAGGAACCAACUCAGGAGUAGUACCGUUACUGGAAAUGUGACUUUCGAGGAAGAAGAUAUUAACCAGCUUGAAAAUGCCGGACAUCUAUCGACACGUCAAAGGGACCCAUCACAUCUUAUCCCUAUAGAGCGUGACCUAUGUGCUAGAAGCUCACUGUUCUUACAACAGCUACUGUUACGUGCAAAUACCGUCUCCACUUCAGUAUUAGACGGUGUACUGUCUGACGAUGAAGUGAUCAAGCGCUUACGUCAUUUGAACGAUAACUUCGAGUUCGGUAAACGUCUAUAUCUACCUGAGGAUGAUAUGGCUCCUGAAAUACUUAACGUGGUACGUACGGCAUCGGCAGUGUUCAAUGGUAGCUGUGUUACUACAGUCAUGUGGCCCUGUACUGACGUACUGGUUACCAACGAGGACCGCGUACGCAUUGCGGAGUCGACAAUAUUCGAAGCAUUGCAAAUAUAUUACCUAAGGAAACAUAAUCGCCAAAUAUAUGUUGAGUGGGACGGUACUGCUUCUGGGUCGAAAACCGAUGCUGGGCCGCUUCCCGUCGACGUUACUGACGCAGUUGUUGUUCGUGAGAUAUCGGAUACUAUAUUAGACGAGUUGCUUGCAACAUUAUGGUGUGUUGGAUACUUAGCGUUACAUAUCCAUACUGUGGGUUCCGAUAAGCUGAGGUCCUAUGCUGCUUCCAUCAUUGGUGAUCCUGAGGAGUUGACGUCCAAAUUAUGGGAGUAUUACGUAUCAUUCACAGAGCAUCUGACCGCUCGUUUUGCAAGGAUCAAAGCCGUAGAUGACACUUUGAAAGACAGGUUAAGUGGCCGAUUGAUCGUUGAGGCACACGGGGUACUGGUACUACAAUGUGCAAUUGUCAAGGCGAUACUUGAUAUCCAUAUAGGCACGCGUGCUAUGAACGUGGAACAAUACCAAAGUUAUGCCAGUUAUUUUGGUUCUACUAAUUUCCAGGGCGUAUUCACUACGGCAUGCGACCUUAUAGGUAAAGAUGAAUGCUCCCAGUCAAAGCUCCUGAUCCAUGCGUUACAUGAACUGCAGGCGCUUGGGUCAUUGUUACUUAGUAGUUUCUACAUAUAUCGAUGUUUCGUAACUGAUAAGAGCCCCGCUAACAGAGACUCGUUUAUAACAGAGACAACAAAUUGGAUGAAAUCACAGUUGAAGGAGAUGGUUGCAUCGGAUAACAAGGCACGUGCAAUUUGUAUCUUUUCAUACACAUGUUUCCUGCAAAGGUUAUCUCAAAGUGACAUAGUAUGCAAUAUUGAUAACGAGUUCGUUGAUGAGGUGUCUAAGCACCUUGACAAAUAUGUGAGCGGUUUGGAAUGGGUAACAUUAUCCCGUGAUAUUUUGGGAGGUAUUGGAUAUUCACAGGUUAGCUCCGAUAAUGUAACAACAUUUCCAUGUCGUAUGUUGUUGAUAGAAUCUCUGUCACAGGUCAUCGCCACAUUCGGUAUUGAGCGUUUACCGGGUUUAGACACAGCUGUCAAUGCUGUAUGUUAUUUGGUUGGCAGGGAUGAGCAUCUUGGACGUGGUCAUCAUGUUACUAAGGUCUCGCUUUUGGACCGAAUUAGUAAAUAUUUGAUAUCACAGUUCCCAUUUGGGCUGAAUACUCUAUUCCAACUACUGGGAGCAUUCUUGCCGUCAUGCACUGGGCAACACGACGACAUAUCUAUUGACAGCGAGUGUGCUACUAUGGAACAUAUUGUUCGAUAUCUGCUGACAGAAUUCCGAACUAUAGUGGUCAGUCCUAUUACCGCUCCACUAGAGUAUAAAUCUGAUACUGGUGAGAUCGAGUUAACCGAGGACGUUUAUAUCGGUGUCCAGUUAUUGCAUAUGUUAGGUCUAGAUAAGCGUAUGUUAUUAGAAAACUGGCUUAACUGGGAAAUGGGUUCAUGUUUGUUUGUAUUACCUGCGGGUACUACUGGUAAGCAGGUGAUUGUGAACGACUUGAAGAAUUUAUCGCUGAAUGCUACGGCACCGUCUAAUAGGGACCAGGAAGACCUCUGGGUUGUUGACGCUGGUAUAUCUACGUUGUCACCUAACCAUUCCUUAGGCGCGUUAUGGUUACAAGAAGCAUCUUUGAAGAAGAAUGGCGAUAUGGAUUGUGGUAUACGUGGAUGUAGUUUCGACUUGGAAAAUACCGUGCCUGUUGAGAUAAGCGCGGGCCAUAAAGGUGAACUAGAUCGAGGAAAUACUAAGUUCACCCUAAUACGUGCUUUAUGGCUUAUUUGGAGGGGUACCAUUUUAGCCAUAGCAAAUAGUGACCGUGAUCUCUCAGAUCACCUGUUACGUACAUUUGUAACAGCCAAUUCUAUGUUGACCGGGUUAAUAUCCAAGUAUCCCCGCGUGAUGAGCUUGAUAGAGGACCAUGUAUCCUCGACAUUACAUAUGAGGGAACCUGAGAGUCAAUACCCCUUUGGCCCUUCUAGCAUAAUAUUCCAUUAUGCACUAUUGUUCCUCGUUUGUUUGAAGAAGCCGCAACUUCACGUGAUGUUACCUGAGGUAAUCGACGCUUUAAGAGGUUUCCUCAUCCCUACUUAUGUUGUCCCUGUUGGUGACAAUGCUACGGAGAUCGAGUUUAACCGUUAUUGGAUAUUUUUACAGUCUCUCGAGUUCUGUUCUCAGUACAUCUCUGACGAGGGUGGUUUAUCAAUAUUCAACCUUCUGGAACGUGUGAUGCAGGAACAAGAGCGCCCUUUGGGUACCUAUCCUGUAACACGUGGCGUCCUUAAGUUCUUCAAGGAGCUGCUUGUGCAAUACCCUCCUGAGCUUUGGAUGCUUAGUGGCUGGCACCACGGCAUGUUGAACAUGUCACAUACCUCUUUGGAUAUGGAAUCUAGCAGUAUAACUCAUGGUCUAGGGUUAGGUUAUCUAUCAACACUGAAACGAUACGUUGAUACCCAUUCAUAUAAAGCAGCUGAACUAUACGAUCCAUUCCAAUCUAAGCUGUUAUGCGAGCUAUUUAGUUAUACUUUGAAAAGUGUGUCUAAUGGCCUUGUUGAAUCUGAUUUCAAGGAUAAUGGUGAAAGGUUCGAUAUUAUGGGUGACAUUGCCGAGAUAACCUAUCUGACAUGUCGUAUAUUCCGGGUAUACAAUUACGACAAUAGUAAACCAUUUUACUCAGAAGCGUAUAAUGAGGAUUCAUGGGUACAAGCGUUAAACGAGCUCAUUAACCAUUUGCUACUGACCCUAUCCGCCUCGAAUUAUAUAAUGGAAACUUUGCGUACAUUGACAUAUCAACUUGAUCUGCUACAUUAUCACGAGACACAGAGUGGAGGGUCACUGGUCAUGGUAAAUGCCCUGGUCUAUAGUGAAUCUAGCCUAACAUUUUUCACAAACAGAGUCCUUCUGAGGCGUUAUAUAGGUCUGGAUAUGCAAUCGGAUAAUCUACCUUUAGGUACCUAUGCAUUACGUUGUCAAUCGAGUUACAAAUAUCGCUGGUUCAACCAUCAACAACGAGUUUCACCAUUAGGUCAGUCUAGAAGUAUUUUGGGUAAAAGUCUGAAACUCCUUCGACAACUCUAUAUAACAGCUUUACCUCCAAACCGUAACCCGCUGUUUACUACACUCGCCGAAACCCUGGGUUCAACCUUUUUUAUGAAAUGUCGUACGGAGAUUGACCUAAGGGGUCGUUUUUUGACCGGUUCUCAAUAUCUGGCAACCUGUAAGGAUCCUGUAGCAUACUUUGCGAUGCAACAGGUGACCAUGAUGUCUAUAAAGUUACCGCAGAGUUCGGUUAUACAAUCCAUGGUGUUCCACACCUACACCAUCUCCACGAUCUCCUCUGCCACGGAUAUAAUCUCUUUGUACCUGUUACUAUGUGAACAGCGUAAAAUACGUACUGGUGAGUAUCUGGAUACUUGGAUUGCUAAUAACAUGGUUAUGUUACAGCAGCUUGGUAAUAUCCGUAACUAUUACGACGUUAUAUCCCAGACUAACAAGGAUGAAUCAUGUUUCUAUGAGCAUUUGAUAACAAUGUUUCUGGAUCCUCGGACCCGUAACUACGAAUCUAGGAUAUCGAUAUUGCAAUUCUUGUUAGUAGCACUGAGUACUUGCAGCGGUAUGGAGAUGUUAUGGCGCAACAACGGUGUUGAUAUAACCGCUCUAUUGGAAUUUAUAGACUCUGUGCUACGGUACCAUUUAUUACAUGGGCGAUCUCAUAACCUUGGUGACGUUACACUGGCACAAUAUUCCAUGUUGAUAUUCUCGCGUUUAAUAGAGCUCUCUAAAGGGCAACACAAAUAUUGUUGGAACACUUUGCUACAAUCUGUUCGUGUUCUAGUAGAUCUAUGGCGAAGUUUCGAUUCGAAUUUAUUUGUGGAUCCUGAUGUCAAUUUCAAUCAGCAAAAUGUUGUCCCUCGUACUACUAUGGUCAAAGAACUAUGGUUUGAUAAAAUAGAAGUUGACCUAUAUGUCGACAUGAACGAUUCGAUAUUGGAACGUCGAAUCGGCCUACUGCGUAUAAUGGGCUCUAUCUAUGCGAUAUUAGAUUCUCUGAAACUCCAACUUGGAUAUUUGCAACAGGAAAGGACACCGAGUGACGAUUUCCUGAAACUAUUAUCAUUUGUGACGAUGAAUUGGGAUUUCAUGGAUACACUCUUUCCAAUAGUUGUGUACGACUCUGGUUUCGUGGAUACCUAUGUGAAAAACGACGUUACGGAGAAUAAUAUGAGGCAGUACUACAGGUUGGGUCUAUGGUUGGGUGAAGAUUGUUUGACUCCGUUAUCCCGGUGUCUACACUACCUCAGUGAUAUGAAGGUACCAUAUUACCAUCUUUUGAUGCAAGGUACUUCGAAUGGAAUAAUCGAGCCUUUGGAUAUAUCAGCAAUACUUUCUAGAUUCAAAACCAAAAAGUUCGAUGUUAAGGAUAUGUCUAAAGAAUCUAUAACUUCAAUAUUUCACUCUUUGCUCAGUGACAUUAUCCAGCCGCCAGAAUAUAACGGUCUAGAUUCAUUGAAUUUGGAGAAAGGUGUGAUUGGUAGAACAACAGAACCUGGAUUACACAAUUACAGUUUCUAUACAUUCGGUACCUCCUAUGAAUUUGGGCACGGCUAUCUCAUGGAUGUAGAAAAGUUUCACCAUUUCUGUAUAGUGCUACUGACAUCUUCCGACGAGAAACUGAACGUGUUGCUUUGUCAUGAAAUCGCUAGUGUACGCAACUGUAUAGAGUUGGUACCAUAUAUCGAAUCUCUCAAUGAAUUGAAGUCUAUGAUACUUGGUAAAUUAUCCAAUUUGGUUACUGUAUUCCGUUCGGUCGGUUUCGACUUGACAUUACGAAUGAAGAAAUUGGUUAAGGAAGAUCGUGGUAUGUGUGACAUAACAUCACGAAGGGCUUUAUCUUGUACAAUGGACCCUUUCCAGAUGUUCGCUUUCAAUGGUACAAUGCUACUACAGUUGAUACUUACACGACCAGAUUGCCUAUCAGAGCAUUCUCUCUAUGUCGGUCUCCUAAUCGACUUAUUACGUCUAAUAUUCAAGGAUGGUAUCGACCUAUCUAAGUUAGAACAUAGUUUUAUCAAUUACUAUGAAUGUUGCGGGUCAUCGGAUAACGACGAUAGUGGUAUUGUGGACUAUAUAGUGUCCCGUGAUAUGGUAGGCGCUACGGAUCCAACAGUGGCUCCCCGUGUUAGGCAAAGUUCUGACCAUGAUAUUGUAGGACAGGAAUUCCGUCUAUUUGCUGUGAAUGUGUUUGGUGGUCUUGUGGCCCAGAUAGCUCGUUGUAUAUUGGAAUUUAGUGACCAUUUCCCAGCGAUACUGAAUGUGAACUUCACAUUACCUGUGGAACAGAGACGCCCGCUUAAAGUUCGCCUAGCAGCUUUGGAAUCAUGUCAAUACUACCAUGGCCGUGGUCAUAGUGACGAUGAGGAUUCUAGUGAUAUAUACAGUGGCGAUAUGGGUGGUAAUCGUGAGUGUGUCUGUACCUAUGCCGUUGGUAAAGGUAUAGAGUUAUCUAUACUAUCUGUAUGGUUACAUUUCAAGAUGUGUUCAUUUUUCAGCCGUCUGUAUAAAAUCUUAUCCUAUGCCGCUAAGAAGAGCCAUGAGCUUGGGCCUCGUGGCGUCCAGGACGGUAUCCUGGAUGACUACCAGCGUGUCACUAAGUACUCCCUCAAGAGCUUAGCUACUAGCUGUCACAAGAACAUUACGGCUAUCUGUUUCGAGAAUGAUCGUUUAUUGCAAUCUUUUGUGGAUCGAGGUAUAUUGCAGAAUGGUGAAUAUGAAUCAGCUUUUGUCUAUAUCUUAGGUCCAUAUGCAUGUAUAUUGGCUCUAGAAUCUAUAAUAUAUACCGAUUUCAAUUCAGGAUUCUUGCAAGGGUCCGGUUAUACCCAUAUAGUUAAUUUGGCAGAAUCGCUUACUAUGUUACCAUACACAACUUCGGCAUGUAUAUCGGAUUAUCUGAUUAGACUAGGUAACUUUGUCAACCCUAUUCUCUUGAUGAAACGUGAUAAGGAGUAUGUAGUAGACUGUUUGGGUAAGGAGCCAUUUUGUUACGAGAACCGUAACUGGUUACGUGCGGUACUAUUUAAAUUAUUUGAGCGCGUCAAUGGUAUGUUAGUGCGUGCUGCCUCAUCUAAGUCUCUAUUGGAAGGUUUUGCUGAUUCACAGUUGAUAGAACGGAUAUAUCUCUAUUCAUUUUUAUCGAUAUUUGUACAACCACUGAGUCACGUCAACCCCAAGGUUAUACUCUCGAGCUACACGGGUCAUAAUAUGGACCAUAUAAAUGGCAACUGUGUUGAAGUUAUACACAACACCGUUACUCUAUGGUACCCAUCAUACCAAUAUUACCGUAACGGUGCUCCUGUCCGGUGUCCUUACCAUUUGCUUCAUUGUGGUCUACUAAGAUUCGUUGUUGAUAUGUGUAACUCCUACACUACCGAGGUUGUAAUGGAUACCCCAAAUUUCCAUGGUAGCGUGGUACCGCUGGUAAUGGAGCUGUUACAUAUGUUACGUGAGCGUACUAGGCAUCUUCUGGAUUCGGAAAAGCUAACUAUGGCUAUUCUUGAAGAGUGUCAUGUAAUAUUCGGUUUAUUACGUCAUGUACCAAGUUGGCACAGGUUAUCUGAUAGCGACAUUGCAUUGGUUCCCUAUUUGAUAAAGCACGCGAAGCGGUUCUUUUCAACAUUAAUGCAAGCUUUCCAAAGCGGGUUAGAGAAGAUAUAUGACCAUAUCCCUGGUUGCAGUAUCGUUGAAUCUCCGGAGUUAUUGCAAAAAGAGCCCAGGGUCAAAGCUGCAGCAUGGGAAUUGAAACGUCGUGAACGGAAAUAUGGUUCCUAUAAUCAGCGAUGUCUAUACCUAGCCUUAAAGAUUAUAGAAUCUUAUGUAACUUUCCUAUUGAAUACGGAUAUCACUUUGGGUUGUGAUUGUGAUUUACCACCAAUAAUGGACCACUUUGUGAAAAAUUCAAAUGUAAAUAGGCGAAAGCGGUUAUCUGGUGUAGACCGUAUAACAUUCCAAUCUGUUUUACAAGGUAGUAUAACAGCAAGGAUAAGAUGUAUUGUGGAUCAGCCUUCAGUUUCCCCAGAUGAACCCUCUUUCGAGUUGAUGACCGAUGUCUUUGAAACGUGUGUUGAUAUUUUCGUUUGGUCCCUGCGUCUGUGUAAGGAGCUGCAUAGCGACAAGGACCCUUUUAUCUAUGCGGUACGUCGACAAGCCGAGCUGCGGUUACCGCUAAGUUUAUAUAUUAACGCUCGAGGCGACUCUGUGCAAGAGCGUGUGGAUGGAGUGAGCUAUAUAGUAUACAACGAUAGGGUUGUUACACCGCACCGACAUGUGGAUGUGGCACCUAUGGAUGUCUCUUUGGGUGAAUUCCAGGUACUAUUCGGUUGUUUAAUCGAGAAGAGUGUUCUAUUUUGUUCACGGGUGGUGAACACUGCGUUCUUGCAGAACCAGUUAUACCCCUAUGAGGAUCGAAGGUUGGCUGUAGAUUGUAAGGUAUCACGUGAAUCUAGAGAUCAUGUGGAUGUGAAAGGGACGCCUUCGUUCCAUUCUACAUUGACACUUUUGCAGAACGCAUUUUCAGAGGUCGACGCAAACUCUGCGUACCUCUCAGGGUCGACUUCCAAGUUCUGUAGCGUGUUAAGCGGGCACAUAUCACGUCGUAUCGCGCAGUCCAAAGUGCUCUCUGAAGCUUUUGAAGAUAGUGUACCAGAUUCCAUAGUAUUCAACGAGGAAUCCGCCAUACGGCGGCUCCUGGGCGACUUUGUUGAGCCCGUUCCUCUGGUCCAGGUGGUCGGUUUGGGUACUAGGGAAUGGCAACAGCAAUUUGAGUAUUUCCUCGAUCGCAACAAGGUGCCAUACGGGUCACUGGAUUGCGCUGCUUUCGCAGAAUGCCGGAGUAGCAACCCUUCUGCGCUUAUGCACUAUGUAUGGUCACGGUUCGUAUUGCAGCUGGUGAAUAGGGUCUGUGCAUCGUUUCCUCGUGAGGCGUUCAUGAACGGGAAGUUGAAGAACAAUGAAGUGCGUAACUGUCUGGAUUUCGUACGACUGUUACACUCACUGACAACUACUGAUGACAUCCCGCAACCGGAAAAUUCUGUACGCUGUAUCAUACUACUGAUCCAGGACUAUCAAGAGCUCGUGACGUAUGAGCCUGCGCUGCUCAACACUCUCCUAAGGAUUCAUGAGAAAAUAGCCAGGGUACAAGAUACAGAUCGCAAUAAUAUAAGGAAAAUAGUGGUGAUAUUCAUGGGACCGUAUCCGGUGCCUCCGGAAGCCGUGAAGAAUGAUUUCACAAUACCUAUGUUGCAACUAGAUGUUCUGGAUCAAGGAACACGCACAGAGCGUAUUAUAGAAGAUAAUUCGGAUUACGCUGUGAAAUUGGCGAGUAUAGUGGUACCACAGCUGGGCGAUGAGGUUGUCACGUUCCUUUGGGAUGGUUAUGUCCACUACAUCAUAGGUGUUAUGUAUCCUUGGUACAAGACAGACUCUACCUCCAUGGAGUUUUAUUGCAGGUUAUUAUGGAAUAUAUUUCUGGACCCUUUACGUGGCUGUGAGCGUCCCAAUGGUGAACAGUUGGAAGAGUGUCUCCACCACCUCUGUAAAAGCGUGGAUAUACAUGUGCGCAAUGUCAUAUCGCAUCAUCAAAGCAGGUUUAUAUGUGACCUCUACGACAGUAGUGUAUCUGGUAGCGUGCUCGCGGGUAAGCGGUUGCAUAAGUUCCACGGCAGCCAGCUUGCGAAGUACCUGUUACUGGGUGCAGCCAUAUCAACAAUGAGCAACCCGGACAUGAUCCGUCGUCGUAUAUUGCAUAAGAAGAGCCGGGAUAUUAACAUCGAUUCCAACUUUUGGUGUAGAAGGCGGAGGUUCGACUUCUGGACAUGGAUCGCAAAUACCGAAUGGUUAUUGUCAUCUAAUGAAAAUGACAGGGUAACGCUGAAUCAUGUAUUCUUUGCUCAGAUGAUGUGGAUAAUCAAUGAGGGCUAUGUGAAGACACUUAGUAAUAUCGCAUUAUGGAGGCGGCUGCCAUCAUCCCGUGGAGCCAGGUUAUGGCGUGUCUCCGACGUACUACCUUCUGGUGACUUGCCAUGGCGUGACGCUCUGUUGCAUCACAGUAAUACUGAGAUGGGUGAUUGUUUGGGCCAGAUGCUGGGUACUACAUCCCGUUUCGUUCUUUGCGCUCCGAAGGACAUGAUACUGUCGGUUGUGAAGGAUUUGAAUAUAGAUAUGGCACAAUAUUUCUUCUGA